AAAACGAAUGGAAAAUGAAUUGUCGCGUUGUGCUGCCAUGAGUGCUUGGCCAUUAUGCGCCAUUCGGAAAUCAAGACGAAAAACGUUAGUGUCAUUUCAAAUUACGUUGAUAAAAAAGUAUCACUAAAGUUACUUUACAAUCACGACGCCGUAUUCAAAUAGUUAUAGCAGUUAUAAAUAUUUACAUAGAUUUAUUAGUAAAGGAAACAUUGUUGUUAACAAAAUGAAAUUCAGCAUAAUGUAAUUGACCAAUUCAACAAUUUUAGUUCGGUGAGAAAGAAAAGAAGAUCAACGUAAUUCAAUUGGAACCAAAGCAUACAAAAGCUGAGCUAUAGAGAUUCCUAAUUUUAAAGUCUGAAAUAGCAGUUGGAUGACACUGACUUUGAUGCGUGUAACGUUUGCCAAAUUUUUAAACAAUAUGCUCGUCUAGUUCGAGCUAAAUCGUGCUACUUUUCUUAACAGUGUAGUAGUUAUAAAAAUGGGAAUAAUAUUCUCCAGAUUUCGUAAAAAGCGAACUACUAUUGAAGUUUUAGAUGAUUUAGAUAAAAAAAUAAAAGAUAUUCAAGAAUAUGGUCAAAAUACUGAACAGAGGCACAAAAAAAUUGUUGGAACUUUGAUCAUAUAUAGUGUAGCUUUAUAUAUCAUUACAGCAAUGGUCUUUUACUUUUACUUUUUUCCUGCAGAACUGUAUGAUCAAAUAUUUUAUAUCACACCUUUACUCAUUUUCCCAAUAUUAAUCUUAUUUACGAAGAAAAUGGUAUCAUGGUAUUAUAAACGCAAACUUUCUAGAAAUCAAGAUAAACUAUCCACAAUGCAACAACAAAAAAAGAAAAUAUUAGACGAAGUUACAGAAACAGAGACAUACAAAAAAGCCAAAGAGAUAUUAAUGAGAUAUGCUCCUGAUCAGUUGAGAAUGACAGCAAGCGCUAACAAACAAACUCCUGUAAUAAUAACUGAAACUCCUAAAUUUGGCACACCUCAAGGAGUAGUUCCUUCUUUGCAAACAACUGAAUUACGCCGCAGAGCUUUAACUUCAUCUAACCUAGCACAAAAUCUUCCAUUAAAUAAACUCCCUAUAGGAGUUGGUAUUUCACAAUCUCCACUACCCUCAACACCCUAUCGAACAAGUGGUAAAGUAAGUAAUCCUGCUACACCACCUCCUAAGACUCCAUUACCUCGACCAAUUUUACCUCAACAAAGAAGCUAUGUUGAUAAACUUAUUGAAUAUGUUGUUGGUGAUGGGCCAAAUAACAGAUAUGCCCUAAUAUGUCGCCAAUGUGACUCGCAUAAUGGAAUGGCUCUCAAGGAAGAGUUUGAAUAUUUUGCAUUCAGAUGUUGUUACUGUAAUUUUUGGAACCAAGCAAGAAAACAAAAACCAUCUGCUCCUAAACUAGAAUUAGAUAAUAGUUUGAUGAGUCCACGAAGACUGUCACUUCAAUCAAAUAAAUUAAUGGAAAAUGUAGCACAAACACAUACAAGUGAUAAUGAAAAUACUAUCAAUUCAUCAGAUACAGAUUCAGAUAUAGAAGUUGUAGAAAAGCCUUCUACUACUCCAGACAGUGAAAAAAAUAAUAAAAUAAAAAAUAAAUUCAUGAAAAUGCCAGAACUAACUGAACUUGACAAAGCUACAGCUUCUGAUCCAUCAAAGGCUGAAGUAGGAACUGCUGGUUCAGGAACUGAUUCAGACUCCGAUGAUACUAUUCCAGAAUUGGAAGAUGCAACUACAGGUGGCAAUGUUGGAUUUUCAGGAGUGAACGUUCCUGGUAUGCCCAUUGACAUGGUUUCAAAAGCCAAACAAAGUCGUGGAGAGAAGAAAGCUAGAAAAUUAAUGAGCAAACUUGGCCUGAAACCGGUCCAAGGUGUAAACAGAGUCACAAUAAGAAAGUCUAAGAAUAUUUUGUUUGUAAUCAACAAGCCAGAUGUUCUAAAAAAUCCUGCUUCAGAUACUUAUAUUGUAUUUGGAGAAGCAAAAAUUGAAGAUCUGAGUCAACAAGCUCAAGUAGCUGCUGCAGAAAAAUUCAAAGAGCCACCAGUUAUAUCAGCUGCUGAAGCUGGUGGUAGCACAACGGUGGUUGCUCCAAUACAAGAAGAGUCUGAAGAGGAAAUUGAUGAAACAGGAGUUGAAGAAAAAGAUAUUGAGCUUGUCAUGAAUCAAGCCAGUGUAACCCGGGGGAAGGCUAUCAAAGCUCUCAAAAAUAAUCAGAAUGAUAUUGUGAAUGCUAUCAUGGAGCUAACGAUGUGAUAAACCAGCUCUCAAUCGUUCUUAGGGUAUGCUUGUUGCGGCUCUUUGUGAGGCAUUAUUUUACUAUUUUAUUUUCUAUAAAACGGUUACUUAUUUUUUCGCAUAUUCGUGUUUCAUGUAUCACAAAUAGUUUUUACACAUUACUUUACGUUUUUUAAAAAGUUAAGUUCAUAAAGUCAAUCAACAUGUAUAUACAUUAUUCAGAUAAUAAAAGUGACAUUCUUUAAGCUACAGUGAGAUGAUAA